AUGAGUUACUCUGACGAGGAAGCUGCUCAGCUGCUCCAUGCGGAGGAGUACCACGAAGCGGGGAGCCUGUUCUCAAGAAAGGAUUCCCACUUUAGCCACGAUGGACGUUGUGAUGAAGAUCACCAGAGCGGGGAAGAUGUUUAUUUCUACUCUUUAAAGAAGAUAUUGUGCCAAACCCCAACCCCAGUCACUGUGGGCUUCUGUUCAUCAUACAAAAUACGCCUUCAUGCCCUACUGGACAAGAUUAAAGAAAGUAUAUUUGAAGAAUCCAUCAAAAAGGAAGAAAAAGAAUUCAGCAGGACUCGUGAGAGGUCCCGAGUCCCCAAAGGAAUAAACUACCUGAUCCUCCUCUGGUACAUCAUCUUCUACCAACCAGUCAUCACUGAGAAGCACCGCAAAAGAAAAAACGUCAACUUCCUCUUCAUACAAUUCAGCGCCUGGGAGUAUGCAUGCAGCAACCAGUUGUGGGCUGGGUUGAUCGCCACCCUGUGUGACAAUAUCCGCAAGCACUUCGGUCCUCUUCCUCUGAGUUUGUACCAAGUGGUAGGAAGCGCUCCAGAAUUAGACUUACAAGCCACCCAAAAAGAAUGGAGACAUAAAAAGAAAACGUGCUGCAUGGCAGUAGGACUCCUGCUGAUUGUUUUGCUAACUGUCAUAGACAUGGCUACUGUCGUCUUCUUUGUGCCAGGGAUAAGGGAUGGCACGUUCUUGAAGUACCUUGGUAGCAGCAUUGCUGCCAUUUUGGGCUCAGGGUUCAUCAUAACCAUCAGUCCUGUCAUCAAGAACUUGAUCAUCAGCCAGAAGAAGAAGAUCGAGAGCAUGACCAGCAAUGAGAAGUUCACCAAACAUUUGGGUUUCAGGAGUGCAAUGAAGAGAGAGAUUGAGGUCCUCACCAACUUUAUACACUACAUGGAGAUCUUUGAGUGUCGGCCCUUGAAGAUUGUCUUUGAGAUCACAUCUUUAGAUAUAUGCUACCCUGAACAGGUGGUCGGGGUGUUGAAUGCCAUCCACACGCUCCUUUCCAAUAAGGAUUCUCCCUUCAUCUUCAUCCUGGUGGUCGAUCCCUGCAUCAUCGUUUCUUGCUUGGAGCAGGCUAGCAGCAUGAAGGGAAUGGCGGACAACGGCUACCUGUACCUCAACCGCAUAAUGACCCUUCCGUUCUCCAUACCGGAAAUCGCCAUCGAGUCCAAGAGGCAGAGUUUGCAGAAGACCCUGGAGAGUCUGGAAGUUCUGAUCACUACAAGGAACCUGGAAGUGAGCAAAGAUUUAGAGAGCCAAAAGCAGAUCGAUGCCCUGGCAUCCCAAUACAUCCGUGAAGCUUUCCAAUGCUUGCAAGAUGAAAAGGAUUGUCUCUACCGUUAUGUCCCAGAUAACAUUGUCCAGAUGUGGAGGAUUGGCAACGCCAUCAUUCUUAUGAUCAGGUUGAUGACACAACAGGGCCUGCUGAAGAACAACCGCUGUGCCCAGAAUGUGGCCAGUUGGGUGGUGUUGGCCAACCAGUGGCCGUGUCGCUUGAGUUGGAUCCUCCAAUGCGUUGAAGACAAGUUGCAAUGCAUUGAAGACAAGUUGCACAGCGAUUAUGAGAAGAAGUUGAUGUGGGACAUCUUUGUGGAGAUUUGUCCUGAGCUGUUGUCCAAGCAAAAAGAACUCAAGAAUAUCAUGGCCUUGGAUGACAACCCUGAACUUUUUGAAAGAUUCUUGUCCGCUGAUUUUCGCUUCACCGUACAAGAAGGGCAUAAAUACCUGAAAUAUACUGUGAAUUUAGACCAUUCCUUAAAAUUUAAGAUGGGACAGCUGCGGGCUCUAGGUACUCUGGAGAAGAACUACAGCAAAGAUGGAGCAAAUUCAGAGAAGAGGGCUUAGGGAUCAUGGAUUCCAUGUGCACUUCCU